UUCCCCCACCCUCCCAGGCCCCGUGGCGGCUCUGGCCCUGGAGGCCCCUGUGGUCCCAAGAAGCAGAAGGAGCUGCCAUCAGAGCCUCCGUUCACAGCGUUCGUGGGAAACCUGCCGUUCUACGCGGUUCAAGGAGACAUCGACAUCAUCUUCAAAGAGCUCAAGCUCCGCAGCGUCCGAUUGGUUCGAGACAAAGAGACGGACAAGUUCAAAGGUUUUUGUUAUGUGGAAUUUGAAGACCUGGAAUCUCUAAAAGAAGCUCUGACGUAUGAUGGUGCUCUGCUGGGUGACAGGUCACUGAGGGUAGACAUCGCAGAGGGACGAAGGCAAGAACGAGGGAGCGGCUCCUCCGGCUACGGCUUCAGGAAAGACGAAGGCAGAGGUACGGGCAACCAAUCACCACCAGGAAGUAGGUCACAGUGCGCGUUUUUAAAUGUUUGAUUCCUUCUCUGCUUC